AUGCACUUUGAAGAACAGAGUGUCAGACGUAUUCGUAAGCCCAUCAGGAUUAUUCUACUUUCUUAUUUAGCAACGGGAUUCAUCGACUUCAACGGAUUUUUAAUUUGCUAUGGCAAAAGUUUGCAGGAAGAGCAAGAUGAGCGGGAUCUAAGAGACGCUUUCCGAGUGUUGGAUAAGAAUAAAAGAGGAGAAAUAGAUGUGGAAGAUUUGAGGUGGAUCCUCAAGGAGUUAGGUGAUGACCUGACUGAAGAGGAGAUUGAUGAUAUGAUUCGUGAUACCGAUACAGAUGGUUCCGGGUUUGUAGACUUUGAUGUGUUUGGGGUGUGA